AACAAUUCUUUUACCCGCCGGGUGGAUUCAUGCCGUUUACACCCCUUCUGACUGUCUCGUAUUCGGUGGCAAUUUCCUCAGUGAACUACACAUUCCGAUUCAGCUAAGCGUAUACCGAAUGGAGCAAAAGUCUGAGACGCCCCGAAAGUUUCAGUUUCCAAAUUUUGAGAAAAUUCACUGGUUCGUUGCUGAUUGUAUCGCUGGUCGAUUGACUAAUGCUUUGUACGAUAACCGUGAACCAGCAGCAUAUGAAAUUGAGGCCGCUCAUGCUUUGGCCAAAGUGCUCCCACGUUGGCUCGAAAAGCGACUAACGCUUCCUCCUGACGAACGCCUUUACUACCUUCCCAGCCGUGCCACAAUGGAGCUGUCCUAUUCACAGCUUAUUGAUAAACUGGAGGAACUUUCGAGCAUACUUCUCCCCACCCCAUGCAAGGGUCGCUGCAGCAGUAUCAAGCCGGAGAAAUCCAAACUUGACCAUUCGGAUAAACACUCCUCUGGUAAAUCUAAAUCAUCUGUUCAUGAAGAAACUGUAAAACAGCGAUCUGUUUAUCCUUCAUCGACUCCAAAGCGUUCGGCUGGGGGAGGAUUAGGCUGGCUGCCCGAUCGAGCCAUGAGACAGAAGUCUUCAGAUGUUGACCAAACAGUAACUGGAAAUCAACCCGUUACUGAAGAUCAAGACAUCUUAGAGGCCCUGCCGGAGCUGAAUGAAAGCCGCCUGAUUGGCGACCAUUAUUUCCUCGAUCUGAGUGAUUCAGAUGCGGAUGAGAAAUCGUCACCUAAGCGAAGACAUGCAAGACCAGCUCGACGAGGUCUGAUUCGUCACAAAACGCGAGACCCUGACCCGACUUGGUCUAAUUCAAGUGCGUUACAGUUAGCUUUCAUAACUGGUUCCCAACCGUAA